CGGUGAACAACUUGAUCCGUCCUCCACAGAGAGCCUCGGUUGAAGGGGAUGGUCCGCGUCUCCUCUUGAAAAUGCAGGAUCUCUUUCAACAUAAAGAGCCUACUGUUAAUCAGAUUGAUACCUUGGCAGUUCUUUUUGACGAUAUACUGCUGGAGCCUGCUGAAUGCAUGCAAGACAUGAUUCAUCCCGAGUCAACGAGGGACUGUAUUUUGGAUUACCUUGGUGGGUAUGUAGCAAAAAAGUUUGCUAAAAUAAGCUGCAAGGACUGCCUCCAAACACUCAGAAGCAACUCCCGAGAGCCAACUGCAUUGACUCAAAUCAAGACAAGAGGAUUUUUGCAAGUGCCAUCGGAGAAAUUACUGCGGCUCUUGCAAAUUGUGGAAGAACAUGUGGAAAUGUGCACGGUGGACAAAAUAGCCUGUGCCAGUGUUUACAUGAACAUUGUUGAGAACAUCCUGCUGGACGACCGCACUUCUUCGGCCAGUGUUGGCUGUGGCUCACAUUUCGUGAGCACUACGGCAGAAGUUGUGCACUUUUUAUUAAGUGCCGUCUGCAUUUUUUUACGCGUGAGCAGAACAAACUGUUUCGUGCUGGCGGACGUCGUUUAUCCUGCCCGGCCAAAGGAGGGAGGAAACCAGGGACAUAAAUUUUUUCAAUGAUUUUUGUUGUGUCAUCCACUCCGUCUCCCAACUUUCAUCCACAGUUUUGAAACGCAGAUUUGAAUAAACUAUGUGCCUGUGCUCAUGGCAGUUUCGAA